AUGGGUUUUCCGUCCCCUGUAGGAGAGUCCACCGAGUCUAUCUCCCAGGAUGGAAGUAGCGACAAUGACAGCCUGAGAUAUACAACCGAAGUGGGUGGAAAUACCACUAAAGCUACAUACCAAGAAGCCUCGGGAGCACCAGUUGAAGUCAACUCUCCUCUUGGGUAUUCAGUAGGCUGGGUUACGGUCGUUUUCUUGAAUUUGAGUAAGAUGAUCGGAACCGGAGUCUUUUCAACGCCGUCGACUGUACUUAAAGGCGCGGGUUCUGUUGGUCUCACACUGUUUUACUGGGUAAUUGGAUAUUUGAUGGCAUCUAGCUCCUUAUCCGUCUAUAUGGAAUUCGCAUCGUGUUUCCCCAGUCGUUCCGGUUCAGAGGUCGUAUACUUGGAACAGUCUUAUCCUCGACCGAAGUACUUCUUCCCGACUGUGUUUGCUAUGCAGACGGUGCUUUUCUCAUUCAGCAGUAGCAAUGCUGUCGUGUUGGCGCAGUAUCUUUUCAAACUUGCAGACUCGGAUUACACCGAUUGGCAAGUGAAGGGAGUGGCUGUAGCUUCAUAUACAGUAGCCGUGCUGGUUCUGGCGUUUAAUACUAGAUGGUCUCUCAGACUGGCUAAUGCUAUUGGCCUGGUCAAAUUGAUCACUUUGAUAUUCAUCGCAAUCACCGGGUUGGUUGUUCUCGGAGGCCAUACCUCGGUGAAAGACCCCAAGGCAAACUUUAGAAAUGCCUUUGAGGGCACUGGGGCAGCGACGGCUUACGGUGCGACGAAUGCAUUGACCAAAGUCUGGUUCUCUUUUUCAGGCUACGAGAAUGCUUUCAAUGUUGUUAAUGAAGUUCGGAAUCCCACCAAAACCUUGAAGUGGAGUGCACCGCUGUCUCUGGGUGUGACCGCCGUUCUAUAUGUUUUGGCAAACAUUGCUUAUUUCAGUGCUGCAAGCAAAGAUGAGAUUCUGGAGUCAAAGGUUGUGGCGGCUGGUGUGUUCUUCGAGAAGGUCUUUGGAACUGGCGGUGCAGCGUCGGCGUUGAACUUUCUCAUCUGCCUGAGUGCAUUCGGAAAUCUCCUUGCGGUGCUCAUUGGGCAGUCUCGUGUUUUGCCUUUUACUUCAUUUUGGACUUCAACUAGGCCAUUUGGAACACCACUUGGACCGUACUUGGUGAAAUGGGGCCUUACCGUUUUGAUGAUUUUGGCACCGCCUGCUGGUGAUGCUUUCAACUUCAUCGUCGACCUUGGAGUCUACCCGGCGUCCUUCUUUGGACUGCUGCUCACAAUAGGAUUGGUCGUGACGCGGAUUCGUCGUACUCGCCUCAACCUUCCAGCCCCAGACUACCAGGCUUGGCACGUUACAGUUGCCUUUGCCAUUUGCUCUAACCUAUAUAUGGUGGUGAUGCCGUGGUACCCGCCAAGCACUGGGGCUACCGGGGGCGAUGUGAGCUUCUGGUAUGCAACAUAUUGCGCGGUUGCGCUUGGAAUAUCACUGACCAAGCAAUAUGCAUACAGCAUCGCUACUUGUGCUGUUUACUAUUAUGUGUGGAUUAAACUCCUGCCUAGAAUUCAAGGAUUCAAAUGGCAGCAAACGGUCUUGAAACUGGAUGAUGGUGCUAUGGCUCAUAGGCUUGUCAGAGUGCCGAAUAGGAAUACAUAA